CCCUUCUCUGAUUUCCAAUCUGUCCGCCUUAGCCAUGAGAACAGCUGGGGCCUCCAGAUUGAAUGACUCUGGGGUAUAUAUAUAUUUAUAUAGAUCUAGAUCUAGAUAUAUAUGUGCCUGUGUGUCCCAUACUGUCCACUGUGUGGCAGCAGUGAGCCCACCCAAAAGAAAGGCAAGAAAAAGGGAGGGGGAGAGAGGGGUGGGAAACUCAGGAGGAAAGAAAGCAAUGUGGUCGAGAGGGAGAGAGGAAGCGGACUUGGACCCUAUGGGAUCCAUAGGGGACGCCUAAGACCUUCCGGAUCCCCUUCACACCCUGGGGCUUGGAAGAGGGGACCCUUGGCUUCCCAAAGUCACAUCUGAGAUAGAAACGUGGAAAAGACAAGAAAAGAUGGGGGAGCAGCCGAUCUUCAGCGCCCGGGCCCACAUCUUCCAGAUCGACCCAGCCACCAAGCGCAACUGGAUCCCGGCCAGCAAACAUGCCCUGACCGUCUCCUACUUUUAUGACGCCACGCGCAGCGUCUACCGCAUCAUCAGUGUGGGCGGGACCAAGGCCAUUAUCAACAGCACGAUCACCCCAAACAUGACCUUCACGAAGACCUCCCAGAAGUUUGGCCAAUGGGCCGACAGCCGGGCCAACACCGUCUACGGCCUGGGCUUUGCCUCCGAGCAGCACCUCUCCCAGUUUGCGGAGAAGUUCCAGGAGGUGAAGGAAGCGGCCCGCUUGGCGCGGGAGAAGUCGCAGGACAAGACGGAGCUGACCAGCCCGGCCCUGAGCUUGACCUCCCCGCAGAUCCUUCCCAGCCCCAUCAUCAGCUCCAACGGGCCCGGCGACGACAAAUUUUUCCGGAGCCAAAGUGCGGACAUUGAGAUGACGACGGAAAGGGAGCGGAUCAAGAAGAUGCUCUCCGAAGGGUCGGUGUGCGAGGUGCAGUGGGAGGCGGAGUUCUUCACGCUGCAGGAGAACAACAACAAGCUGGUGGCCGCCCUGCACGAGGCCAACGCCAACGUGGAGCAGUGGAAGAAGCAGCUGGCCACCUACCAGGAGGAGACCCAGGCCCUGCGCCUGCGCGUGUCCGAACUGGAAGCCCAGAGAGGGCCAAGCGACUUUCCCAUUGUGGUCAAAGGAGAGGCCACUCCGGCCUUGGAAGAGCUGGAGCAGCUGGUGAAGGCCAAAGACGAGGAGCUGCAACAGCUGAAGAGCCAGAAAGGGUCCCACUGGGAAGCUGGAAGCGAGUGCGACGAGACCCAUCAGAAGGUGCAGGAUCUGGAGCGCCGCAACCACGACCUGGAGCGCCGGCUGACCCUGGCCGAGCGCUCGCUCUCGGAGACGCUCUCGGAGCGGGAGAGGAUGCACCAGGAGGUGGCCAAAGUGGCCGAGAUCAUGGACAUGAAGAUCUUCGAGCUGGGCGAGCUGCGGCAGGACUUGGCCAAGCUGGUGGAAAGCAACUGAGACCCCAAAAAGUUGGGGUUCGCCAUUCGUCGAGACGUCUGGUAGGGACACCAACUUGGCGACCUCGAAGGGACUCCUCCUUCGUGACACUUCCAUUUCUACGGUGGAUGAUCUUCUUUCUCUUUGGGAUUUUAUCUCCUUCACCCCCUUCUUACACUCGGAUAGUUUUUGAUAGAAAACAAUUUCCCUCCCUCCUCCUCUUUUACUAUCACCUUCCGUUCUUAUCUCUUUGAUAGAAAACAGUUCCCUCCCUCCUCCUCCUCUUUUACUAUCUCCUUCCGUUCUUAUUUCUUUUUUUGACCCGGGUCCCUUUUUUACCGUUUUGACGCAGCUUUCCACAAACGGCGGCUCUUUUUUAACCUGGGUCCCUUUUUUACCGUUUUGACGCAGCUUUCCACAAUCGGUGGCUCUUUUCUCUUUUAACCCGGGUCCCUUUUUUAUUAUUUUGACGCAGCUUUCCACUAACAGCGGCUUUUUUUCUCUUUUAACCCGGGUCCCUUUUUUAUCGUUUUGACACAGCUUUCCACAAACGGCGGCGAUUUUUUAACCCGGGUCCCUUUUUUAUCGUUUUGACGCAGCUUUCCACUAACAGCGGCUUUUUUCUCUUUUAACCCGGGUCCCUUUUUUAUCGUUUUGAUGCAGCUUUCCACUAACAGCGGCUUUUUUCUCUUUUAACCCGGGUCCCUUUUUUAUCGUUUUGACGCAGCUUUCCACUAACAGCGGCUUUUUUUUCUCUUUUAACCCGGGUCCCUUUUUUAUCGUUUUGACGCAGCUUUCCACUAACAGCGGCUUUUUUUCUCUUUUAACCCGGGUCCCUUUUUUAUCCUUUUGAAGCAGCUUUCCACUAACAGCGGCUUUUUUUCUCUUUUAACCCGGGUCCCUUUUUUAUCGUUUUGACGCAGCUUUCCACUAACAGCGGCUUUUUUUCUCUUUUAACCCGGGUCCCUUUUUUAUCGUUUUGACGCAGCUUUCCACUAACAGCGGCUUUUUUUCUCUUUUAACUCGGGUCCCUUUUUUAUCGUUUUGACGCAGCUUUCCACAAACUGCAGUUAUUUUUUCUCUUUUAACCCGGGUCCCUUUUUUAUUAUUUUGACGCAGCUUUCCAUAAACGGCGGCUCUUUUCCUCUUUUAACCCGGGUCCCUUUUUUAUCGUUUUGACGUGGUGGAGAAUUGGGCCGUAACACUUCCAAAAGAGGGGAGGAAAAGCAUUUUCGGACUGCAGCAAGGCAAACGGAGGGGAAAAUAUGCUGCGAGAGGGAGAUGUUCAAUUAUUGAUGGCGCGACGCAGCAGGCACGAAAAAGCUGUGUAGGCUCUGAUCUUUAUUUACCCGCCUGCUCUUUUUGACCACAGUCUUCCCUCAAACAACGUGUCUUCUCUGGUUCGGGUCUGAGCAGGCAUUUCUAGAGGGCGGAAUAAAAUUCCUAUUAGUUUGAAAGCCA